UCGAAGCGGUCCGAGAGACACAAAGACACACGUCCAGUCGCACACAAAUCAUAUAUUCUCUUUCCUCCACCUGCACAUUUCCCUACAAACGUUCCCAAAAACACACACACACACUAUAUACAAAAUCAAAAAUCACCCUUCAGAUUACUAGUAAAACAUUUCCUCAACCUGAGGAAAGCACAUCAAUGAAACCUUCCCUUACAAAGCCAACAACACCAAAACACACAUACACACUGAACAAAAACAAUGUCAGCAGCACAAUCAGAAAAACAAACUCUUUUCAUUGCCUCACUAAUCAUCUUCUGGUACUCCUCAAACAUUGGAGUCCUUCUCCUUAACAAAUUAUUACUCUCAAACUAUGGAUUUUCUUUCCCUAUAUUCUUAACAAUGUGUCACAUGUCAGCUUGUGCUGUCUUAAGCUACGUGUCCAUUAUUUUCUUAAAGAUUGUUCCUUUUCAAAGAAUCAAAUCAAGAUCUCAGUUUUUCAGAAUUGCUACUCUCAGCAUUGUCUUUUGUGGGUCUGUUGUCGGUGGUAAUAUUUCUCUUAGGUACCUGGCUGUAUCCUUUAAUCAGGCUGUGGGCGCAACGACGCCGUUUUUCACAGCUUUAUUUGCUUAUUUGAUUACACAUAAGAAGGAAUCUUGGAUUACUUAUGGCUGCCUUGUGCCUGUGGUUGGUGGUGUUGUCAUUGCUAGUGGGGGUGAACCAAGCUUCCACCUGUAUGGAUUUAUCAUGUGCAUAAGUGCAACUGCUGCUAGAGCCUUUAAGUCUGUUCUUCAAGGCGUCCUUCUUUCCAAUGAAGGGGAAAAGUUGAACUCCAUGAAUCUGCUACUUUACAUGUCACCAAUUGCUGUUUUAGUCUUAUUGCCUGCGACACUAGUAAUGGAGCCCAAUGUGAUAGAUGUCACUAUUACGCUUGCGGCAACACAGAGAUACCUGGUCCUACUUGUUUUGAUCAAUUCUGCAAUGGCAUAUGCGGCCAACUUGUUGAACUUUUUGGUAACUAAGCACACCAGUGCAUUGACACUCCAGGUCCUAGGGAAUGCCAAAGGUGCUGUGGCUGUUGUUAUCUCGAUACUUCUCUUCCGCAAUCCUGUAACUUUUAUUGGCAUUGCGGGCUAUGCAAUGACCGUCAUGGGGGUCGUUGCUUAUGGAGAAUCCAAAAGAAGACACAAAUGAGCUGGCCAUGCAGAGUCCCCCAGUUUUGUUUAUUGAAAGGUAGGUGCAUGGUAGAGUUAGGGAAAGAUAGAUUUCCAUUGCAACGUUGUAGCCCAUAGAUCAAGUGAUGAAAUGGAAAAGGGGAUGGGGUCUGGGGAAUCGUUUCCAUUCCUCUGUUGUAUUCUUUAUGUUCCUCAUGAGAGCAUGUAUGCAGUCGUAUCAGAUUCUAUGUCGUCGCACUAAAGUUUUAAGGGACACGGCAGGGAACUAUUUCGUUCUUCUGUUGUAUUUCUUUUUAUCCACGUGAUAGAAUGUACGCAGUUGUAUCAGAUUGUAUGUUAUCACACCAGAGUAAUAUAGUAUCCUAUUGGUUUUCUGUUA